CUUAGCCUGAAUGGGUCAGGGGACGCUGCCUCAGACGUAUGCUGGAUGUUUCAGCGCAGAUGCGCGAAGCGGACCAUUCAGUGGAGGUACGUACUGAACUUCCGCUAUUGAGGAGAGCACUCAUUUGCCUUGGCCGUGCUUAUAAAGGGACCCUGAUGGCCCCCCUUUCUCCUCCCCCUAUCGCCUGGUAUCUCGCGCUCCCUCGGUGAGUGAGAUCCAACUUGCCGCCUGUUUUUUCUGGGCUUACUCCUUUGACCCACUGCUGCUGCCGCUACCGAUGCUCUGUUCUCCCUGAACUUGCUACUGCCAACACUUUUCGCGGUGUGACUUCACUCCCGCUUGCUUCAGCUUUCAGCUCUUACUGCCUUUUCUUGUCUCCCACCUCCUCCCCAACACUCCUCUCUUUCUUUUUGGUAUAUUUUUUACGUUGUCUUUGUACAUUAGCUCUGUGUUGUAUUUUG